UAGCGUCUGGUAGUUCAGUAGGCAUAGCACCAGUGUCUGGCAGUGGGUGAGUGAAAUCGGCUGUGCGAUAAUGCGUGAGCGUGUAUGUGCGGACAGCAUUUAUUUCACAUAACUUAUAUUUUUUAAAUCUGGAAAUUUUGAAAUGUGUACCUAAGGCUAAAAGGAAAAGGAAAUCUACACUUCUCUGGUGAUUUUGUGAUAGUUGUAGUGCGUACAGUAAAACAUGAUUCUUUUAAAAACUUUUAGCGUCGUUCUAAUAUUUACUAUAAACACUGGUAACAGUCAAGAUACUCCGGUCUUAGGCAAUAAAGGGACUAAGUGUUACGAUAAUUUUAGAAGGCCUCAGAGGUGUAUACCUGAAUUCGAAAAUGCUGCCUUUACCGUUCUAAUGGAGGCCACUAAUACAUGCGGGGAAAACGGACCCAUAGAAUAUUGUGUUCAAACUGGCGUUACUGGAAUUAGGAAAUCUUGUGAAAUUUGUUACCCAAAUCAACACCACGCCAGAUAUCUAACAGAUGUUAUUCACUCCGACAAUCCUACUUGGUGGCAAUCAGAAACAAUGAGAGAAGGAAUCCAAUGGCCCAAUCAAGUUAAUUUAACCCUAAGAUUCGAUAAGGCAUUCGACAUUACUUAUGUCAGGCUGCUGUUUUUCUCGCCAAGGCCAGAAAGUUUCUACAUUUCAAAGAAGACAACCAAGGAUGGACCGUGGAUUCCUUUUCAGUUUUACAGUGCAACCUGUCGGGACACAUACGGUUUACCUGACAUGACCUCCACUACCAGAGGUGAAGAAACUAGAGCCCUUUGUACUUCUGAAUACUCGGAUAUUUCUCCUCUGAAAGGGGGCAACGUUGCCUUUGGUACAUUAGAAGGCCGUCCAUCUGCAUACAAUUUUGACACUAGCCCAGAACUUCAGGAAUGGGUCACUGCCACGGAAAUACGGAUAAGUCUGGACCGUCUCAAUACAUUCGGAGAUGAAGUUUUCGGGGACGAGCAGGUUCUGCGUUCGUAUUUCUACGCCAUUGCUGAUGUAGCUGUUGGAGCGCGGUGCAAAUGCAACGGCCACGCAUCGGAAUGCAUAGGUUCGACGGGGGUUGAUGGAACUACGAGGCGAGUGUGCAAAUGCGAACAUAACACCGCAGGGCCGGACUGCAACGAAUGCUUGCCCUUUUACAACGACGCCCCUUGGCACAGGGCUACAGCUAAGAAUGCUCACGAAUGCAAACAAUGCAAUUGUAAUGGCUUCUCAAACCGGUGCUUUUUCGACGAAAAGUUGUACGAUCAGACUGGUCACGGGGGUCAUUGUUUGGACUGCAAUGCAAAUCGCGAUGGUCCUAAUUGUGAACACUGUCGAGAAAAUUAUUACAUGAGAGAGGAUGGUUAUUGCAUAGCAUGCAACUGUGACAGCACUGGUUCUCAUAGCCUCCAGUGUAAUGGAGAAGGCAAAUGCCAAUGCAAAUCUGGUGUAACAGGAGAUAAGUGUGACAGAUGCGCCGUGAACUAUUACGACUUCACCAACGAGGGAUGCAAAACUUGUGGCUGCUUUGACAGAGGAUCCGCGUAUAAUCAACCCAAUUGUGACGGCAGGGGAACAUGUCAGUGCAAAGAAAACGUCGAAGGUAAACAGUGCAGUGAAUGCAGACCUGGAUAUUUCCAUCUAGCUUUUGACAAUGAGUUUGGGUGCACUCCUUGCUUUUGUUAUGGACAUUCUUCUGAAUGUGACUCCGCACUAGGGUUUUCAAAAUACGUAUUGGAGUCCUCGUUUGCAAAAAGCACGGAGAGGUGGUCUGCUCAAGAUGAGUAUGGAAGGCCAGUUGAGAUCAAGUAUGACGGAAUUGGACAGAGUAUUGCUGUGCAGGCCCUUGGAGAGGAAUCUGUGUACUACUUGGCCCCUGAUAGAUUUUUGGGCGAUCAAAGAGCAUCUUAUAAUCAAUUACUGGAAUUUGCGUUGAGAAUAGGCGAUAACAGACCUAAUCCUACAGCUACCGACAUUAUCUUAGAAGGAAACGGGGCUUCGGUAACCAACACAAUAUUUGCCCAAAAAAACGGUAUACCAACGAUACAGAAUCAAAUAUACAAAUUCCGUCUUCACGAACAUUCAAAUUACGGAUGGCAGCCAAGAUUGUCGGCGCAAUCGUUUAUAUCAAUAUUAACCAAUUUGACAGCCAUUAAAAUAAGAGGAACCUUUGCCCCAGAAGGUGUUGGAUUUUUAGACGACGUCAAGCUACAAACUGCUCUAAGAGGUGUAGCUGGUGAACCAGCGCUAUGGGUUGAGUCUUGUAGUUGCCCUCCAGGUUACGUCGGUCAAUUUUGCGAAUCAUGUGCACCAGGGUAUAGACACGAUCCGGCAUUAGGAGGUCCUUUUAUGCCUUGUACUCCAUGUGUUUGCCACAAUCAUGCCGCUAUAUGCGACUCAGAGACGGGAAGAUGUAUUUGUCAGCAUAAUACUGCUGGAGAGAACUGCGAAUUGUGUGCGAGAGGGUACUACGGCAAUGCCAUGGGAGGUACGCCUGAUGAUUGCUUGCCUUGCGGUUGUCCAAACGGCGGCCCUUGCAUCCAGAUAGAUGAAGAUAUUAUAAUGUGCACGGAAUGUCCGGUUGGAUAUACAGGUCAUCGGUGUGAUUCUUGCUCCGAUGGGUAUUUCGGGGAUCCAACAGGGACGUUUGGAACUGCCUCACCUUGCGAAAUUUGCGAAUGUAACUUCAAUAUUGAUCCUAACGCUAUAGGAAACUGUAAUAGUACCACUGGAGAAUGUCUGAAGUGUAUUUAUAAUACAGGAGGUCCCAACUGUGAAAUCUGUUUGCCAGGUUAUUAUGGAAAUGCUUUGGUCUUGCCAAAAGGUGAUUGCAAGCCUUGUCAGUGCUAUCCUGUAGGUACACUAGAUGACAUAUCUGGGGCUCCUGUGUGCGAUCAAACUACAGGUACGUGCAGUUGUAAGAGCCACGUAAUUGGCAGGAAUUGUGACCAAUGUGAAGAAGGCUAUUACAGCUUACAAAGCGGGGAAGGAUGUCAGUCAUGUGACUGUAAUCCUACUGGUUCCUAUAAUCAAAGUUGUAACAUUUAUACUGGUCAGUGUUACUGCAGACCAGGAGUCACAGGGUUGAGAUGUAACCAUUGUGAAGCCCGGAAAUAUGGAUUCUCUACAGAAGGAUGCAAGGAUUGUGACUGUGACAACAUAGGUUCUAAGGAUUUGCAGUGCGACACUUCUGGACAGUGUCCUUGUCUUGAUAAUGUCGAAGGGCAAAGAUGCGACAGAUGUAAAGAAAAUAAAUACGACCGACAGAGAGGAUGUAUAGACUGUCCAGAUUGUUAUAAUUUGGUUCAAAAUGCAGCUAGGGAUCAUAACAAUAAACUUAAUAAGUUAAAUGAGAUAUUGGACCAAAUUGAACGCAAUCCAACCGUUAUCACCGAUGAAAACUUUCCUAUAGAGUUAUUAAAACUUGGAGGAGAUAUUGAAAUAUUUUAUGACACUGUCAAAAAUGCAACUGGCGAAAAAAGCAUAAUUCAACAAGUUUUCGAUAUCAAACAAAGGGGAAAAGAUGUUUCUCGAAUUUUAUCAGAAAUUGAUGAAAACAUUUAUGUUAUUAACGACAAAAAUCGUCAAGUUGACUUAAACAUUGAUCACACAGACAAUCUUCUUGAUGAAUCAGAAAUUAAAUUAUCUGACAUCGAAACAGCUAUCAAUACUCAAGGAAAAGCCGCACUGGACAAUGCGUGGAAACGUUCACAAAUUGUAGGACAACAAUCAGAAAAGAUGACAAAAAUAGCGCAGGAAGCUCGUGAAUUAGCAGACAAUUUAGACAAUAGAGCAGAGGAUAUAAUUGUUAGGGCUAAGGAUGCUAAAAACAAAUCCAUUGAAGCCUACGAUAUAGUUAAAAACGCUAAUACCAAACAGUCGCAGAUAGGCGAUGAGGUCAGACAAAUUAGGCACGAUGUCUUAAACGUAGAAUCUAAAUUAAACAGAACACGAGAUUGGACAAGGGAUGUUAGCAAUAGGUCUCUCGCAGUUAAAAAUGACGUUCUUAAUUUGCUUAACGAAGUAAAGAAUUUAGAAGUCCCUCAAAUCGACAUUGUAAACCUGAAGAAACAGUCUACAGAUCUGCAAUAUGAAGCGUACAGGCUUGCAAAUAAAACUCAAGAUUUAUUCCAUAACAGUGAAAACUUGAGAAAAGCGGUCGAUGAAAAGAACGAGUAUGGCAAGAAACUUUUGCAGAAAGCUUACGAACAGCAAUACGAAACCGAUGAUUUGCUAAAUGAAAUUCAUGCGACAAAAGAGACGGCCGAUAACGCCGUUAACAGUUGGAACAAGAUUUCAAAUGAAACCGAAAGUAUAUACAAGGAUCUUAAAGAUUUUGAUAGCGAAACGCAAAAAAGUAAACAGGAGGCGGAGGAAGCUUUACAAACGAUUGGGGAAAUAGAAAAUAUUAUUAUGGACACAAAUAGAAAAACGUACGAAGCACAGGAAACCCUAAAAGAGGCAGCUACUAAUGCAAAUUCCGCUUUGGAGAAUGCUAAUCAAGCCAAUACUCUUGCUAAAAAUGCUUCUGAAGGGGCUGAAAAAAUUAAAAUGGAGGCCGAGUUGCUGCUUAAAAACACCAGUAAUUUGAUCGAUCAAGCAGAUGAGAUGCAAGAUAAAGUUUCCAAUACUGAAGGCAAAUUGGAGGAUCUGUUACAAAUGACAGGGACAAACGUUUCUUUAAUAAAUGAAGCCAAGGACAAGGUUGGAAAGGCAGGAAAGGUUACCGACGAGACAUCUAAGAAAAUUGGGGAACUCCUUAAAGACGUUGAUAAAAUUAUAACAGAAGUCAACAAUUCUCCAGACUUGGAUAACGAUGAUUUAGAUAGGUUAGAAAAAGAGUUAGUAAUAGCUGAAACGUCGCUUAAAGAUGCCAAACUUGAAGAAAAAUUGACAAAUCUUCAGCAAGAGCAUCAAUCACAAACUAACUUAAUCGAGCAAUAUAAACUGGACAUUUCCAGGUUAGAAAAAGAAGUCGACAAUAUUGAACACAUUGUUCAAGCUCUUCCAAUUGGAUGCUUUAGAAAAGUGGUGCUAGAACCUUAAGUUUAAAGAAAUAUAUCCUUUUUUUAUAUUUUUUAUACCAAAGAAAUAAAAUAAAAAUUUGUUGUCCUAUUUAGGUAUUUAUUUGUAUGUGUACAUAAUGAAAAUUAACCGUCAGUGUCUUUUUAUUAUUUAAUGUAUUUAGUUGCAUAUUUUCUUGAAAAUAAAUAUAUAUUGCAUUAAAA